AUGUCGACUCAGAAAUAUACAGACAUCAUCGUCGACAUCAAAGAUGGCAUCGGAACGAUCAAGUUCAACAGGCCAAAAGCGCUGAACUCGUUCUCCAGCAGUCUGAUGUCCGACACCGUCGAUGCUUUACGAAUGCUUGAUGAUCACCCGGAUACGGUGUUUACUGUCAUUACAGGCGAGGGGCGAUUCUUUUGCUCGGGGGCUGAUGUGUCGAACGUCUCCGCCCGCAAAAUGGACUUCAAGCACGACGGCGAGAAGAAACUCUACUGGGCCUCCGAGUUCGCCUACGCCGCCGAAGUCAUCCGCUCCAUCAUCGAGCACAAAAAAGUCGUCGUGCUCGCCAUGAACGGCCCGGGCGUCGGCGCGGGAGCAUCCUGGUUCCAAGGCUCCUCGGACAUCUUCUACAUGGCCGACUCCGCCUGGCUGCAAGUCACCUUCUCCCAGCUCGGGCUUAUUCCCGAGAACGGCAGCGCGGUCAACUGGGCGCACAGCAUCGGCGUGCAUCGCGCCAACGACUGGUUGAUGUUUGGUGGGAAAGCGACGGCGCAGGAAUUGGUCCAGAUGGGGAUGGUGAAUAAGCUUUUCCCUACGGAGGGCUUCCAUGAGAAGGUGCAUGGGUAUUUGGUGGAGAUGUUGCGGGAGCGGAGUGGGAAGAGUAUGAUGGAGAUGAAGCGGUUGCAGAAUAAGAGUACGCGGGAUGCGAGGAUUCUGGCCGUGUGGGAGGCGUGGCAGGCGUUGGCGGAGAGGUUUGUAGAUGGGGAGCCGAGUCAGAGGAUGAAGGCGAAGAGUGAGGAGCUGGCUGCGAGGAGGAAGGAACGCGCAUCGAAGAUGUAG